GGCCCUAUGACCACAACCUAGGACAUAGGGCUAUUUCCACUUCUCCCCUUGUAUUGCCUUGUAUAUUGUAUGCUUCUUUCCCCAAAACCUCUUUCAUCUUCACCGCCAUCAAUGCCCACCAUUUUUGUACGACCGGUGCAUGCCCACGGGCACAAACGAUACGUUUGGUUGCAUGCUGGUUCUGGCUAGCUCGAUUGAUUGCAGGCGUUUUCGUCCGUGGAGGCUAGUGCAGUCUUCGAAGUGAUGUAAAAGUUAUUUUACAGCAACACAGAUUGGACAUUGGCGCUACUUUAGCUCAUGUGUAAUUAGGAAGGCAAGGAAGUGGUCAUUUUGCAUCAUUUCUAGCUUAUUCAAGUCUGGUUACUGCAAGUUAGCUGAGAUCAUCUUUCUGCGCGCCUUCUGGACGGUGCCAGCUUCACGCCCUGCCAAAUCUAAUGCGACUAGACACACAUGUACAGAACCGUAAAACGAUGCCCAAGAAAUUUGGUACAAACACAAAAUCUGCGGAUGCAAGAGCAAAGAAAGAAGCCAAAAAGGAAGCUGAGAAAAGCCUAAAGGAGAGAGCCGCGGAAGAUGCUCUCUGGGCAGACGAUGACAAACACAUUACGCGGAAACAGCAGCGCAAGGAUGAACGAGAAAAAAAGAAAAGUGAGCUGUUUGAAAAGAAAGCUGCUUUGAAGCAGAUGUACGAUGAAGAAAUGAACAGUAUCAAGUCGGCAAAGGCACGGGUUGAGAAAGUCACUCGUGCGGACAUAGCAGCCAUGGCCGAGAAGCACAAACCAGCGAAAAAAGAAGAAGAGCUACUGCAUCAUGAAAAGCCCUUGGAAGAAAAUGUCAACCGUAUCGUUGUCGAAGGGGACGAGGCAAGAAGUGUCCAAGAUGCUAUUGCUAUACUCAGCACAAGUGACAUCGACCGACACCCUGAGCGUCGAGUGAAGGCUGCAUAUGAGGCAUACGAGUCGAGACGUCUCCCGGAGCUCAAGGCUGAGAAUCCAAACUUGCGACUUUCUCAGCUCAAACAUAUGAUCCGCAAGGACUGGCUCAAGUCCCCAGACAACCCCCUAAAUAACCUUUGAAAUAAUUGCCAGAAUAAAGGUUUGGAUGUUGGCACCUU